UAAUAUUCAAGCGCCGACUAGUAAACGCUUACGCGUGCGACACCGCGCCCACCUAGAGCCUUUCAAUAACAUUCAUCGAUUAUUCCGUUAUCAAAAACAAUCGCAAACAUGCACAGGUUUGUCAGACCUCAGCUUAUGCUUCGUGAUUCUAAACAGUCAUUAUUACCGAGAGCGUGUCAACUUUGUACAAAUCACAAAUCUGUUGUGUCCAGUGUAAGGGGAUAUGUUGUGUUGCCUCCCACCAAUGAUGAAGAAGAAAAAGCCAUGCUUCACAGGAUGAUGAGAGUGGACCAUGCAGGAGAAUAUGGUGCCAACCGAAUCUAUGCGGGUCAGAUGGCUGUUCUUGGCCGUACACAAAUCAGUCCACUCAUUCAGGAAAUGUGGGAUCAAGAGAAGCAGCACCUGAAAAAGUUUAAUGAGAUACUGGCUGAGAACAGAGUGCGUCCUACCCUCCUGCUUCCACUCUGGAACAUAGCAGGAUUUGCUCUUGGCGCUGGCUCUGCUCUCUUGGGAAAGGAAGGGGCGAUGGCCUGCACUGUGGCUGUAGAGGAGAGUAUCUCAGAGCACUACAACAGUCAGAUCAGAACUCUAAUGGAGAAAGAUCCUGAGAAGUACACUGAGCUGCUGCAGCUGAUUAAAGAAUUUCGGGACGAUGAAUUGGAGCAUCAUGACACUGGACUGGAGCAUGAUGCUGAAUCAGUGCCUGGAUAUCAGCUGAUGAAAGCCAUCAUACAGGUGGGCUGCAAAGCUGCAAUCUACAUCUCUGAACGUCUCUAAGUAUUUUCAGAGCAUUUAAAAGAGUUAACCUGAUAUCUUGUAAAUAUGGAUGCUACUUUUUCUGUCUUUGAAGUGUUAAAAUAUUUCCCAGCUUAAUUUGCAGAUACAACUAUAAGCAAGCCUUUUUGGGCAAAUUUUUCUGAAAUGUGUAAACACUGUGGUUCUAUCAAAACUUUGCUCUGUUUGUUUGAGCAUCCCAUCCAGCCCAACACAGUAAUACAGACUCAGCCAAUCUUUAGCCUGGAACUAUUUCUUUGUGUGACCAGUAGGGGGAAUAUUUAAGCCUGUUUAAUUUUUUUUUUUUUUUUUUUUUUUUUUUUUUUUUUUUACAGUUUCAAUGUAGUGGCACUAGUGUUGCAGAAAUUACAUAUUUCAUUUAUAAUGACGUGUUCCUCACAGCAGUAAAAAUAUAUUUAAAAUCUAUUUAUUGCGAUUUUAUACAUGGCAUAAGUUUUUGUCUCAUUCUGUAUGGCAUUGGUCUCAAACUCAAUUCCUGGAGGGCCACAGCUCUGCACAGUUUUGCUCCAACCCUAAUCAAACACACCUGAUCCAGCUAAUCAAGGUCUUCAGGAUUACUAGAAACUUCCAAGCAGGUGUGAUUUGGAGCUGGUUGGAGCUAAACUCUGCAGAGCUGUGGCCCUCCAGGAAUUGAGUUUGAGAUCACUGCUGUAUGGUAUACUCAAGAAAAAUAAAAUAAACUUUUUAUCAACCACA